AAAAUGCAUGAAAUAGAUAAAAGCUGGAAUUUAGAAGAAGAAGAAGUUAACACGUAACGAAUUAUAUACAAUGUGAUAUUCAGUAUUGAAAUUUACCGUGAAUUAAAUUAAGUACUCAAAGAAGAGGAAGAAAGUAAAUAAUAAGAAAACUAAGCUGAAUUAAACUAAAUAUUUUGAUCUGACAAAAAUGAUUUGUCGUCUAUGUUUGGAAGAUUCAAAUAAUAAUUUUGAUAUCGUAUCCGACCAUGGAGAAACGGAAAUUGCUAAAAUUAUUGCUAAAUACUUUCAUAUCGAGGUACAACGGGAAGAUUUUGUUUCCAAUAAGAUCUGUGCAGAGUGUUGGGAAUAUACAUCGGAUUUCCACAAAUUUUGGUUGAAUAUAGAUGAAAAACAGAAAACAUUACAAACACAUAUAGUAUGUACGCAAAUAAAACAAGACAUUGAUGAUUUUCAAUUGGAGGACUUCCUUAGUGCAGAUUUAAAAUCUCCAAUUGACACAAAAAACAAUGAAUUACGUGAACCAGAGAUAGAUUUGGUUGUACAUCCUAUGUUAUCUACAGAUGGAUUGGAAUUUAAUGCUGCUGAAUUGAAGGAUGAUGAUAUAUCAAUGGAUCGUAACUCUAUGCCCUCUCCUAUACCUUCAUAUACAGAUGAAGUUUCAGAAGAAAGUGUAAUGGAAUUAAGGUCUACACAAAAAAGAAAAUAUACUAAAAGGGCUUCUAAACAGAAAAAAACUGACAAAGAAAGUACUGAUAAAAAUUUGCGUUCAAAGAAAAGUAAGGGAAAAAAUAAAUCAAAAGAUAUCGCUGACAAAAUAAAUUUAAAAAGUAAAGACAAAGUCGAUAAAAAACCUGAUACAAAAUCUUUGAUACGGGAAUUGGACGACUUCAUAGCCCAAAACACACAAUUAACUUGUUGCAUGUGUUCAGUACAACUGAAAGAUUUUACUGAUUUAAAGAAACAUUUUAGGCAAGACCAUCAGUGUGUAGGCUACAUACCGUGCUGCAAUAAUCGGUAUCGAAAACGGACAUUAUAUGUGGAUCAUCUAAAACUUCAUAAAGAUCCAGAUUUUUUCAAAUGCAAUCUAUGUAAUAAACAAUUAGCAAGCAGAAAUAACUACCAAAAUCAUAUGGAUAGCAUACAUCCAGACGCCGAAAGUUUACUAUAUCCCUGUAAAUUAUGCCCCAGAAAGUUUGCCAAGCAGUACAUUUUAGAUUAUCACAUAAAGUCUAGCCAUACAACAGAGAAAAAAUAUAUAUGCAAAACGUGCAAUAAGGGAUUCAUCAAUUCUGCGGUAUUAAAGCAACAUGAAAAAGCAGUGCAUUUAAAUGAAUAUGACUCUGUUUGUGAAGUUUGUGGCAAGUGUCUUAAAACCGCACAAAACCUGUUAUCUCAUAUGGAGGCCAUACAUAACACGGAACCUCGUCCCGAAGAACAAUGUAAAAUUUGUCUUAAGUGGUUGAAAAAUGCACGUUGUGUUAAAAAACACAUGAUUAUACAUCGCGACGAAGCAUCCGGCCAAGAGUUCAAGUGUCCACAGUGUGGAAUGGAUAAAAAUACACGCCAUGCACUUGCCGCCCAUAUACGUUACCAUCACUCGGAUAAAGUGUACGCGUGUACUAUGUGCACUAGAGAAUUUAAAAAUCCACGGGCUUUAAAGGAACAUGAAUCAACUCAUACUGGAACCCAUUUAUACACCUGUUCAUUUUGUCCAAAGACUUUUAGAUCACAUGGCAAUAUGCAUAAACAUAAGGUCAAUAAUCAUUCAAAUGAAUGGGUUCGUAAACGGUCGCAACCAAGCGAGAUUACCAAAAGCUUAUUAAACCUUAUACCGCCUGAUGGAGAGCAAAGUUGAAGAGUCAAUAAAUUAUAAAG